UGACGUGCGGUGCGGAUUAACACUGUAGUAAACACAUAAGGAUGUAGCCAUAUCCCAGUGUUUUAUCUGUGUGUGUGUGUGUGAGUGAAACAGCGUUUCAGCGCCCGGAGGAGCAUCACCAUGCAGCCGACCACAGUGAUCGUGGUGGCGGACAAAACGAGUCUGAAAAGGCCGUUCAUCUUUUUAAAUGGUGUGAACAUGGCCCUGUGCUUCUUCAUGUUGGCGGUGACAGUGUCUGCACAUAGACAAGCUUUACAGACCGACAAGCUGGACAUUUACAGAGUGGUGCAGCUGUACAUCCUGGGAUCGGGCUGUCUGCUGCUGUCUGUGCUCGGCGUGUGUGGAGCCUGUAAGGAAAAUAGAUGGUGUUUGAUUCUGUUUGCAGUUGGGAUGGCGGCAGCCAGCCAAACACUGAUUAUUAACACAGCCCUAAAAUACCAACCUAUUUAUGAGAAAGAAGUGGUGAACAGGGAGUCGUCAUUCCUGGCCAUGAUGCCGCUCAGUGAAAACCAGAAGGCCAACAGAACCCUGCUGGAUAGUAUGCAAGCAUAUUACAAGUGCUGUGGGCUGGUAGAAGGCUACAAAGACUGGGGCUCCACUGUCCCGGCCUCCUGUCUCUGUAAAGACCCAGGAAGAAGAUGUGUUAGACUGCGUGAGAAUUUCACCAUUGGGGCUCCAAAGAACCAGCUAAUUUAUCAAGAGCCUUGCUUACCAAUCUACAUGGCCGCCGUGAAACGUGUAUUCUCAAUUGUGGUUGGUUUCAUGUUUGGAACUGCAGUAUUUUGGAUGGUUUUGCUUGUUUUGAGCGUCAAGCUGAUGGUCCAGAUAAAGCGGAAAAAGGAUUUCCUGGCUCUCCUUCAAACUCCUGUGCUUCAUAGUUACUGAGCACAUUUUCAUACAUAUUACUGAUUUGAUAUCAAUAGGAAUAAUCAAGUGUAACUUGUUUGAGCUGGCACAUGUAAAUGCAAUAUGCUGCCUACCAUAACCUGGAUAAUAUGCACAGUAGCAGCACAUGCUGACACCACGUUUUGCUAUGAAUACGCAUUAUCACAUAUUGCUGGUGUUGAAAGGAAACUCUAUGAACUUAUACGUGCAUUGACCCUAAACUACACACACAUGUUGCAAAUGACUCAUUUUGUGCCCCUGUGCCCACAGCUGCUGUCAUGGGUGAGUUAUGAGGUGAGGAGGAAUGAGUCACAGGGCUUCCUGGGAUACCAGAAUGUCUUUACGUUAAAGGGCCUUGUCAUGCCAUCUGUAUAUAUUUGCAGCUACAUCACCCAUUCAGUUUUUUCUCAAAGGACUCUCAGUAAGGCUGCAUGCACACUGAAUCAGGCACUCGGUGAAAAACACCAGUCAUCCCAUUCAUUUGAAUGAGGGUGGAGUGUUUAGGCUGUGGCAGUGAGUACCGCAGGGGGUUCAGCAAAAAACAUGCAGGACCACCCGGCAAGUAGGAGAACCAGAAUUAACUUUUGCUAGAGCACAACCCCAAUGUCACGCUGCUGAUUCUUUCUGAAUGCAGCCUAAGUGAUACUUUAUCUUUUCCAAUAGUCACAAUCCCACUCCCGAUGAGGUUCAUGUGUGCAGCAGUGGAUUGCAGAUUAGGUAGCACAACUUCCUGUUUCAGUAGCCACAAAUUCAUAUAUUUUACAACUGUUUCGCCUUAAAAACAAAUGAUUUGCUUUCAAGUUUUAGAAAAGUUUCAGACUGUUUGCAAGACCGGAAGCGAGGGGUUUUCAAAAGCCCUUUCCAUUGGUAAAUGGAUCAUCACUGUCCUCUCAUAAAUCCUGGCUGUUAUGACCCAAUCCAUAGCACAUGGCCAAUGUGCCGUGUCACCACCGGUUUGAAGUUAAUGCAUGAGCUGUCUGCAGUCAUACUGGCACUGUGAGUAAUAUACCCCCUGUUAAAGGGAUUUCAUCUGAAAGAAAAGAUCCUCUCUCUACUUGUGCACUUUAGAUAAAAUUAAAUUAUUGCUAUUAAUCCUAAUUAAUCAUAGGUUAUUCCAAAUUACUGUAUAUUUUCUUUUCUCAUACAUAAUCUCAGUGUUAUUUAUGGAAUGCAUUUAUGUGAUGUUUUAUAAGCAGCUAAAAUAAAA